AUGGUGCCCGGGGCACCCGGCGCGGCCCUGACCCUCUGCCUCUGGCUGGCGACCGCCGGGGGCUGCCUGGCGGCCGGCCCCGGCGCCGCGGCAGCACGGCGGCUGGACGAGUCGCUGUCGGCCGGGAGCGUCCAGCGCGCCCGCUGCGCCUCCAGGUGCCUCAGCCUGCAGAUCACGCGCAUCUCCGCCUUCUUCCAGCACUUCCAGAACAAUGGCUCCCUGGUUUGGUGCCAGAAUCACAAGCAGUGUUCAAAGUGCCUGCAGCCCUGCAAGGAGUCCUGGGACCCGCGGAAGGAGCCGUGCCACAGCUUCUGCGAGCCCCUGUUCCCCAAGAAGAGCUACGAGUGCCUAACGAGCUGCGAGUUCCUCAAGUACGUCCUGGCCGUCAGGCAAGGCGACUGCCCUGCACCCGAGAAGGCCAGCGGCUUCGCGGCCGCGUGUGUCGAAAGCUGCGAGGUCGACCAUGAGUGCUCGGGGGUGAAGAAGUGUUGCUCGAACGGAUGUGGGCACACCUGCCAGGUGCCCAAGACGCUGUACAAAGGUGUGCCCCUGAGGCCCAGGAAGGAGCUGCGCUUCACGGAGCUGCAGACUGGGCAGCUGGAGAUCAAGUGGUCCUCGAAGUUCAACGUCUCCAUUGAGCCCGCGAUCUACGUGGUGCAGAGGAGGUGGAACUAUGGGAUCCACCCCAGCGAGGACGACGCCACGCCCUGGCAGACGGUGGCUCAGACCACGGACGAGCGGGUGCAGCUGACCGACAUCCGGCCCAGCAGGUGGUACCAGUUCCGAGUGGCAGCGGUCAACGUGCACGGGACCCGGGGCUUCACGGCGCCCAGCAAACACUUCCGCUCCUCCCGAGACCCAUCCGCCCCUCCAGCUCCGGCGAACCUGCGGCUCGCCACCACCACCCCCCACAGCGACGGGACGGUGACCGUCACCCUGGUGUGGGACGCCCCCGAGGAACCAGACAUCCCAGUGCAUCACUACAAAGUGUUCUGGAGCUGGACUGCGAGCAGCAAGUCCCUCGUCCCAACGAAAAAGAAGCGGAGGAAGACCACAGACGGGGCGCAGAGCUCGGUGGCCCUGGACAGACUGCACCCGCACUGGGAGUACACGGCGGAGCUGCAGGCCGUCGCCUACUGGGGCCAGACGCGCCUCAAGAGCGCCAAGGUCGCCCUGCGCUUCACCCCCGCGCACGCCGCCAGCAGCAAAGAGCCAGCCGCGAAGAGCCGCAAAGGCGUGACGCGGGCGCAGGUGCCCCUGCAGGGACGGCGCCCCGCUCGCCUGCUGGAGGUCGGCGCGCCCUUCUACCAGGACGGCCAGCUGCAGGUGAAGGCCUACUGGAAAAGGACCGAAGAUCCCAGCGUGAGCCGUUACCACGUGCAGUGGUCCCCUGAAGCCUGUGCGCACAAUGAAACCGCCGGCCCAGAGGCAUCGUCGGGCACGACCCAGGAAAACUACAUAAUUCUGCAAGACCUCUCGUUUUCCUGCAAGUACAAGGUGACCGUGCAGCCGGCGGGGCCCAAGGGGCGCUGGAAGGCGCACACGGUCUUCUUCCGGACGCCGCCCUGCUCCGCGCUGAAGGGCAAAAGCCGCGGGCACGCCAGCUGCCCCGGAGACGCAGGUCACGUUGCCCCCAAAGUGCUGGCCAAGCCGGAGAACCUUUCCGCGUCCUUCGCCGUCCAGGACGCGAACGUCACGGGCCGCUUCUCGUGGAAGAUGGCCAAGGCCAGCCUCUCGCAGCCCAUGACUGGCUUCCAGGUGACGUGGGCAGAGGUGACGACGGAGAGCAGGCAGAACAGCUUGCCCAACAGCAUCAUCUCCCAGUCCCAGAUCCUGCCCGCGGAGCAUGACGUCCUCACGGUGCCCAACCUCAGGCCGGCCACCCUGUACCGACUGGAGGUCCAGGCGCUGACCCCGGGCGGGGAGGGCCCGGCCACCAUCAGGACCUUCCGGACGCCUGAUCUCCCGCCGCCCGCGCACAGGCCGCACCUGAAGCACCGCCACCCGCAUCAUUACAAGUCGCCGCCGCAGAGAUACUAACCUGCUCAAAGGGGCGCCAGCCAGCGGCUCGGACUGGGGGCUCGCCCUCCGCCUUCCAGACGCACCGGUGUCCCUGCAGCCCGCCCUCUCCCUGGCAACCGCUGUCCGUGGCUGAGGCCUCCGGACGGGCCUCCGGCAGUGCGAGCGCGGCCCCAACGGAGGCGAGGCCCGUGCCUGCGGAUUCCGCGGCCACGCGCGCGUUGGCGAAUCCCUCUGGAGUCGGCGCAGGACGGACGUUGCCCUGAGUUCAGAGCAGCCAGUUCUCAAAACACAUGCUCGUAACCAGCACCCCGUGCACACACAGGCGAAGCCUGAAGGGAGUUGAUGAAAGCGUUUUAUUAAAUUAUUGACUUGAUUUGCAAAGCCAACUAAGAUCACGUAGUCUUCGGGUCCUAUUUAUUCAGAUGUUGCCUAAGAUGACUUUUAUUCCAUGCGACUUUUAAUUGAAAAUGUUAACCUGAAAUAUACCACGUUCAUGUAUGUCUAAAAAUGUCCCCCUUGUAAGUCCCGUGUGUUCCCUUGUAUGCAAAGACAAAGGAGAGUUCAGCCCGUCCGUCCCGGCCUAGGAGACCCGUGCACAGCAGGACGGGCUCAGGGAGCGAGGCUGCGGCCCAGCGCUCCCUUUGCAGAAACCAGCGUGCUUUUCUGGGCUGCUUUCUAGUGGUUCCCCCUGGAGCCUGAGAAGUUUCCCAAAUUUACUGUCUUAUUGAUGUUCCUCUUUUCCCUCCUGAAACCAGCCGCUGCUACGCUUUGUUCCCCACUUCCUGUGUCUAAAAAUGCACUAAGGCCCCUCCUGAGAAUGAGACCGUCCCCACGAUGGGGUACGUGCCGGCCCUUCCGCAGUCUGCCCUGUCGGGGGGUCGCCGAAGGAAGCCCUCUGUGCGCCGCCACGGCCUCCUGGUGUGGAAAGGGAAGCGCCUUUCGGCGGUAGAGGGUGCUCCUUUCCCUGUCACCAGCGCUGACUUCUGCAAGUCUGUUACACGCCCCGGCUUGGGCACGUCCCGGGCUUGGACGACCGCGUGACUGGGGGCGUUCCUGUCAGAUGUGUCAGCAGUGGGCAGUGAUGCCGUGCGUGUUGGCGCACAGUGUUCGGGAACCCCUCUUUCUUAAGGCAGUGCCCGCAUAUGAUGUUUCACGCAUGCACGUGUGUGUCCGUCUAGCUACAGGUGUGUGUCUGUGUCUAUAGAUACACAGAUACAUACAUGUGCAGACAUGCCACAUGGACCUUGAGGAUGGAUCGCGGAGGAAGUUGCUUCCGCAGCCCCCCAGCAUUGGAUAAAGGCACAGUUCUCGUGCAGGUCCAGUGGGUAAUAGAUUGUCCCCCAUCCAUGUCAACCCCAUGAGAAAAGAGCAAUUUAUCAAAAUGACACAUUUUGACAGCAAGGGUUCCUUGUUCCCCUGACCUACCCACGAGAGGCGAGGACAUCUGGGGGAACGCUCUCGUUAGGUUUCGCGGUAGGACUAGUCCUGGUUGUUGGCAGUA